CGCACAGUCAGGCUCAUGCUUUGAUCAAUCUCCUGUCAACUACAACUCAUUCGCUCGAUGAUAUAUUUACAUCGAAACUUGUGAUUCAUUUUCUGUAACAAAUUAUAAUCAGAUCAUCGUCGUUGUUCCGCUUAUAUUGCCUCCGAAUUCCUCUGGAUUUCCCAGAAACAAGCACUUUUUAUAUAUCACCACACAUCAUGGAGGAGCAGCAACACAUUGAUGAGCUCCUUAAACGCUAUCUCAACCUGCUAGACGAAUACAGUCAACUCCGCCAGAGUCUAUCUCAGAUUCAAUCUGAUGUCUUUCACAAUAUCGCCCGCGCUAAUUUCGCUGGCGAGAGAGGCAUGAGGUACGGUCAGGAUCACUACGAUGAAAGAAUGCAAGCAACACGCCUUCUUGCCAUUGAGCAGAAUGCAAGCCAGAGCCCUAGCUUCUCAUUCUUUCCUGCUCCCGACGAAGACAAUGUAGCAGAUAAGGAAGAAGCCUCCUCAGCCGAGAAGCCUGACAAUGCAUCAACACCAGAGGCGAAAGAGGCCAGCCCUACAGAAAAGAAGCGACAACAGAACAGGAACCCCUUGCAAUGGUUUGGGUUAUUCGCGCCUAUGCCUCUCCGCACGGCACAGACACAUUCCGUGAAAGCAGUAGAGGAUAUUAUCCCAAGGCUUGUUUCUGUCAACGCUGAAAUGCUACACGUGGAAAUUGAGGUGCGACGAGCGAGGAAACGACGUGCUAAAGCGGAGGCAGCUGAAAAGAAGACAAGCCAAACUGCCGCAGCCACGCAACCACAGAGCACAGCAGUUUGAAUGCCUUCAUAUUGAUACUAUGUCUAUCAUAUAUGGCCAUGCUCAGAUACAUCAGUUAUUCCCAGUGUCCCCACAGGUUGUUCAGACUCUCGGCCAGAGUCGGAUGAGCAUAGACAGCUGCUUCCAAAUCCCACCACUUCAAAUUACCCAUCAUAGCGGUUUGCACAAUCGACAUGAUUUCACCACCUUCCAAUCCCAAACAUGUGAAUCCCAAGAUGUCACCGGUUUUUGCAUCCACAGUCGCCUUCAUCAUACCGCGUGGCUCUGCUGUUUCCAGCGCCCUUGCAACAUAACUCAUAGGCAUCGUGGCAGUCUUCACUUCCCUUGAACUGUUGGCGAGGUCUCUAGCGUGGAGCCCAACAUGGCCAAGCUGUGGAUCGGUGUACAUGACAUAAGGAGUCAGAACUCGUGAAAUCGACGCCUUUGUCGUAGGCAUAGCUGGAGUUGUGGAUGACAUAGCUUCUGGAAUGAGGUUGGUGCGGAUAAUGCGAGAAUCAUCGUAGGACAUGUGUGUAAAAGCAGCACCUCCGUGGCAGUCUCCUAUGGCGUAGAUAUCUGAAGCCGUGGUCUGGAGUUUAUCGUCGACAAUAAUGUGACCUCUAGGAGUCGUCUUGAUGCCAACUUCGGAGAGGUUCAGGCUAUCUGUAUUGGGCACUCGGCCUGUUGCCAGCAGGAGAUGUGUUCCGGAAACUUCUGUCUCCCCUCCUGGAGUCUUGACGCUCACUGCGAAAGGUGUCUUUGUGUCCUUCGAAGCUGAGAUCGAGUUCACUGUGCUCGAAAGAUGAACAGUGAUGC